AAUGUUUUAGUCAAUUGGGGGUUUUAAAAUUAUUUUCCAGGGCGUUUGCGCUCAAUCUUUUAAUAUGUUAAUCAAAUGGACUACUACUCCGCAGGUGAAAUGUGGUAUUUAAAACUCAGGUAGUCUGUCUACCUGCAUCCUCAAGACGCCAUUUUUUGCCAUUGUUGUUUAUAUUAUUGAAUGAAGAUUCGCUGCACAUAUGUAAUUUUUUUUCGUUGAUCAAUAAAUGUGGAUUAAAAAGAACUGCACACACCCAAUCGCCAGGUAUCUAUCAAGAAGCAGAUGUGACAUUUGAACCCUUGCCUCGUCUUUGGGACUAUACAUCAUAUUUAAUCAUGGAGCCACAUGGAGAAUUUGUGCUUCAGUAUUUGGGAAGUGAAGUUCUCGCCAAAGCUACAUCAUCUGGUUUAGGGACCAUUCAGAAACCUUUACGUGAUCGUUAUUUUGAGUUUAAAAAACAUUCAGGAAAGAAGAGCAAGUCUAAAGACUUGCGUGAAGUAGCUCUCCAUAUUUCAGAAAGAGGCGUGGCCGUCAUUGUUGCGGGAUCUCACCCAGGGAAUGAGCUCUAUUAUGACAUGCAGUCAAUUUCUUUCUUCGAAGCUGUUCGAUUCACGACCGUGAAAACUCAUGAUAAAAAAAUUCAGGGUGGAUUUGUUCCUAUAGAUAUCAAUCGUGCUCCCAACACAGGCUCGGAAAAACUGUUUACACCAUUAGAUAAAAAACACAGCAAUUUAGCUAAGGUGGACCACCCUCCCCUAUUGGCGCUUGUUAUGAGAAAAAAUACUGGUGUGCGGGCUUUAGAGUGUCAUGGGUUUGUGUGUGAUAACGAAAAUCAAGCACUACAUAUUGUCUCGUUGAUAGCUAUGUUGCAAUCUCAGAGGAUGGAUUCAGGACGCCAGGAGUUCGCGAGGCCGCCUUCUGAUCCAAACUUUGAAAGAGAACCUCCAUUACGGCGACCUGAUCUUUUACAACCAACAGAAGACCAGCGGCCAAUGCAUUUAACAGACGAACAUCUUCGUGGUCCUCGACCCGGAGAGUGGAGGGACUAUAGAUCUGAAUUAGAGGGACCAGAUAGAUACACGAGAGAUCCUUACGGUCCACCGGGACCUCGAGAGGAAUAUUCACAAAACUUAUCAUCAUCUGGAAGAUUCGAUAACAGGUUUCCUCCACAAAGUUAUGAGGAAAAUAUGCGAUACAGACACGAGAGAGAACAUUCCAAUGAUUAUCAGCGACCACCGUCAAACGAAUUCCACCAUGUACGACAGUCUUCUAACGAAAUACGACAUGACCGACCGCCAUCGGACUAUCGUUAUGAAAGACAAGCUUCCAUGGAGUACAGACAUGAACGCCAACCAUCUAGUGAACUCCAACAUGAACGAAAAAUCUCUUCCGAUUUCAGACAUGAACGAAAUCCGUCAUCUGAAUUUAGACACGAACGACAACUGUCGUCAGAAUAUCACCAUGAACGUCAGGGAUCUGGAGACUUUCCCAGAGGAGAACGUUAUUCCAGGGAUGCCUACGACUCUGGUGAAAGACGCGGACGUAUUGAAACAAGACAGGAAGAUUACAGGAUUCCACGCGUUAUGUCACCCGGGCGUGUUCCUCCGGCUACAGCACCAAAGCCAUCACGUGCACUGUCGCCUGGUCCUAGAUCACCAAUGGAGGAUCGUUAUUUAGGAAACGAGCCGCCAAUUAAACGAGGUCUUCCUCGUACUCCGACAACUUCUGAUGAGCCACAUUUUCCUUCGCCAACACGUGACCGCCCGCCAUCGUUCAAAGGACCGGAAUACUCUGCGUCUAGCUUAGAGAGUAGGCAGGAAAUGGAAAAUCAAAAAUCCAAACCUGUCGCCCGAGUUCCUCCUCAUCUGGUGGCAGGGGUCAAAGUUCUUCCAACAGGAUUUAUGGCAGCUUUACAAAAGAAACAAGAGGAAAAUAGGUCUCCGCGUAGUCCUAAGCAAGAGCGCUACGCCGAGGAAGACCCGUAUGAUAAUGCAAUUAGUAGAAAAGAAUUUUAUGAGCGAGAAUCAAAUCAAUAUGAUAGAGACUACAACCCCAAUGCUCCCCCUGACCUUGUUCCCAGGGGUGACUACGAUGACUAUGAUCAUGUGAUACGCAGAGACCCGGGUAGCUACUACCAAUCAGGGCCUGGAAAUUACAGGCAUAGUGCCCCUCCGGAGGGCCUCGACAAACCUCAAAAACCCUGGUCUUACGACGAGCAAUUCCAAAAAUAUGCACAAGAUAAAAAUCAAAUUAGACCAAGUGAACCACAUGGUGGAGACUACAGACAGGGAGAGAUGGCUGACAUGUUCUCCAAAAUGAACGUGCAAAACCCAAAUAAACGACCCGAGGUGCUGGACACCGCUGGGACAAAUUUUGAGCAAUCUCUCGGAUAUUUCCCAUAGUGCUCAUCAAAGAAAUUAAACAUAUCAACUUCUAUAUUAAAAGUAGUGACUUUUAAAAUAUCAUCAUUGUAACAGAUGGGUGUAAACAGUUUAAGCUUUCUUGAAUCUGUAGUGCAUUUUCCAUAGCCAAAAUACGCCAAGUUAAACUUUGCAUUAUAACCCAUUUUUCAUGUAUGGAAAAUCAAAAAUCAUUUCUAAAUAAACCUACAGAUGCAGUUGCAGUCUGUGUCCGUCCGUCGUCGUGGGCUUAACGACUUCUUCAACCACUAGCACUGGGUUAAUUUCGUAUAAACUUGCCACAAAGCAUAUUUUGGUAAAAGCUUUGUAACUAUGGAAAAGUGAAAAUAGGAUGAGUUCAUUUUUAAAGAACCACUGAGUCAUAAAUGGCACGAUUUAUGCUGAAGCAUAGAUGUUUAGAUCAUGGGGUGAUCAUUGUGACAAUGACAGAUCAUAGUGGAAUCCGAACUCUUACACAGAAAUAUGUAAGGAAAACAAAUCCGAGAAUAUACGGCUACAAAUUGUCCAUUUAAUAUACUGGGAUCAAUCUAAUGCAGCGUAAACUCGAGCAAUUUCCCCCUAGUCAUGACCCCUGGGGCAGAGAUGAGAGAACAACAGUAGUCGAAAGUUGUUUUUAAAAAAAAAACAAGGAAAAAUCUCAUUCACAAGAAAGUCGAGUUCAUAAAACUUGUUUGGAAAUAUUCAGAUUCAAAGUCAGGGAUUUUACCACAAAAAAUGUUCGAAUUAAAAAAAAAAAAAUAGGGGUGCAUUUUAUCAUAAGGAGAUUUUAAAGGUAAUAGAAAAUGAUCACCCAAAGAAAAUGUUUCAAAUUAACAAAUUAUUUUGAAAUGUAAUCCUGAAGUUAACGUAGAAACUUUUUCAGACCACUGUUUUCUGGGCCAAGGCUAGAUGUGUAAAGGCUCCCAAGUUUCAUAUAAUACUCAGGUGACUGUUAAAGCCCAUGGGCCUCCUUUUUAAGGUUCCAGUUAGUGAAGAAAAUAUCAACUAUAAUAGUUACUUGAAAAUUAACUCGCUUGAUAUAUUAUUCUAUACACCAAGUAUUUACUUUUGGUUAUCCUUUAUAAACUUUCGUAAAAUUGCAUUUAUUUUAAUUUUGUAAAUUUUCACAUUUAUAAAACAUGUUAGAAGAACAUUUUUUUUGAAAA